AUGGCUCCCGUCACUUCUCAUCUCGACAUUCCUGACCUCAAGUUCUCGUCCCUCGAACUCGAUUCUCGCUCCUCCAAAUCCGAUGUAUUGCUAUCCGCGACCCCUCUCAACAAACGCAGUCUUCUUUCCGCCUCGAUUGACAACCCGUUCCUCCCUCUCAAUGACGAUGCAUCUCCAAUAGACACCUUCACCAUCCUCACUGCCCGAGAUGUCAAGGCCAAGACCGACCCGGAUCCUGGAGCAGGAUCAAUCGACCCUACGCACAUCAACAUGAAGGGCAUCCAGGCUGUCUUUGCUCUCAUUGGUGUCGCCUUUGUCCUUGGAGCCAUUUGGUUCUUCUUCUGGGCAAAGAAUGGCGGGUUCAAAUGGCGAAAAGGUGAUUGGGAGGAGUAUAAGUCGACCGUCUUGCGGCGCAAAGGGCCUAACGGAACGACACUGAGCAACGCCACCAAGAGUACGGUGCUCGGUGGUGGCAGUGUCGUGGGAGAAGGCUACUCUGAUAAGGACGGUGCUGCCACCAUGGCUGAUGGCACCAUGACCGAGACGAUGACCGAUCUCUCCUCCGAAGCACCUAUCGUCAAAGAAAAGCGCUCGUCCAAGAAGACCAAGGCGAAGAAAGAGACGGUCAAGGAGAGGAAGAUCCGUGAAGCCAAUGAGGCUCAAUGGGAAGGAGCCCACGACAAUGAUGUUCGUGCUUAUCGACACGAGAGAGCCGCGCGGGUCGGAGGGAUUAACAAGGACUCGGACGCUCUGUUCUACGGCACAGACUACACCGAAACAGAACGUGGUGGCAGCGACAUGACCAGUAACAGUCAUCGACAGAGUUCCGCCUACGCUGGUGGCUAUCGCCAAUCUUCAAGGCAAGCAAGCCCCGACAAGCGUCAGACCCGCCGUGACUUCUCCUACUCUCAAGAAGAAACGUUCAGUGUAGCGUCACCUCCAAUGGCUAGUGCGGCGCCACAAGCUCCCCGUCCAGGGCGAUAUCAUUCUCCAAGCAGGAACUCCGGCCCUCAGCGUCCCAUUCGAACUGUGCCAGGUUCUUUCACAGAGCCGUUGGACUUUGACGUUCAGAGCCAGAACACGAAGACCUACCACCAUCCAUUACCGAGCCUAAAUGGCCAAGGGAAGACUGGUGGCUACAGACGUAACAGACGAGAUAGCCUCGACGACUGA